CGCGCCUAUUCUUAUCACGUGAGCCACAGAAAAUGGCUGCCUUCGGGAAGGGUAUCCUUUAUUUGUGCGUCUUUUUCUCCUUCGUCUUAUCUUCAAUAGAAGCUAAGUCUCCCCCAGUUAUAGCUGAUGACGGUAACCGUACAUACCUUGUAAGAGACGACAAUAAUGAGGUCUGCCUUUAUACUAGCUUUCAAAUGGUCUUCUACCUCUCACGUUCAAUUAUCAAUGGAACCAUCAAUGGAGAUGAGCAAGCUGUAUCAGUGCCUAAAGCUGACGCUCCUAAUCUGCUAGUUGAUGGUUUUUGCAAUGAUACUGAUUAUAGUAUUGUCAUUGAUUGGACGGACUCUGACUCCUAUCCUGUUGCGGCAACUUUUGCAGCAACAAUGAACUUUAAGAAAUAUGGUGAAGGCAAUAAGUAUUGGAGUUUAACACAAGUACAAUUGACAGUCUCAACACACAAUGGUACCCGAUACUCAUCAUACUCAUACUCCAUUAGAGAUGAGUCAAGCAAAGGACUCUUCAAUCGGACAUUCUCCACAGAUCAGUACUUUUAUUGUAAAGGCUGCAAGAAGCUCAACCUUAACAAUGAUGUGGUCCUCGGUAACAGCAGUGCCACUUCUUAUGUCACUCUAGAGAAAACUGUCAUUUAUUUGGGAAGCUUUGAGAACAGUGAACCAGAGAAACACACAUGUCAAGAGGAUUGGGUUGCAUUCCGUGAACUGAUUGUUCCAAUAGUGGUUGGUGCAUGUCUUGCACUACUCCUUAUUGUCGUACUCUUGGUGUAUAUAAUUGCAUUCGCACGAAGACGGAUACUGGAGAAGAAAGGGGCCGAGUACAGAAGACUCGAACAAUAGAGAAAGAAUACUGGAACUGCUUUUUUUGUUGUCAAUAUUUACUGUUUGAAUAAUAUUAUUAUACACGUACACACAAGUCAUUUAAUUUUAAAACAUAUGAAAGCAUAA